AUGGAUGGCAUCAUGGGGCUGCGGGUGCUGCUGUGUGUGUCCCUGGCGUCCCUCCUCACCCUGCAGGCCAUGCCCGCUCAGGGUUCACCCCGAAGGCUCAAAAGCAGUGAGAAGCGACAGGCUGUGGACACAACUGUCGAUGGUGUGAUGAUCCAGAGUUUGAAAGUCAACUGCAAAGUCACCUCUCGCUUCGCCCACUAUGUCAUCACCAGCCAAGUGGUCAACAGAGCUGACAAAGCCAAAGAAGUAGCCUUCGAUGUGGAGAUCCCCAGGACAGCCUUCAUCAGUGACUUUGUCAUCACCGCAAAUGGAAAAGCAUUCAUCGGGAACAUAAAAGAUAAAGCGACAGCGUGGAAGCAGUACCGGAAGGCGGCCAUCUUAGGAGAGAAUGCCGGCAUUGUCAGAGCUUCAGGAAGAACGAUGGAGCAGUUCAGCAUCCACAUCACCAUCGGUCCCCAUAGCAAGGUCAUGUUCCGGCUGACCUACGAGGAGGUGCUGAAGCGAAGGCUUUCGCAGUACGACAUUGUCAUCAAAGUCAAGCCCAAGCAGCUGGUGAAUCAUUUUGAGAUCGACAUGGACAUCUUUGAGCCCCAGGGGAUCAGCAAGCUGGAUGCCCAGACCUCCUUCUACCCCAAGGAACUAGGGACUCAACUCAUCAAGAAGUCCUUCUCAGGCAAAAAGGGCCAUGUGCUUUUCCGCCCCACUGUGGGCCAACAGAAAUCCUGCCCCACAUGCUCCACUACCUUGCUGAAUGGGGAAUUCAAGGUGACCUAUGAUGUCAAUCGAGACAAACCCUGCGACCUCCUGGUCGCCAAUAACUACUUUGCCCAUUUCUUUGCCCCCCAAAACUUGACGAACCUGAAUAAGAACCUGGUUUUUGUGAUUGACAUCAGCAGCUCCAUGGAAGGCCAGAAAGUGAAGCAGACGAAGGAUGCACUCCUUAAAAUCCUGGAUGACAUGCGGCCAGGGGACUACUUCGACCUGGUCCUCUUUGGGUCUGAUGUGCAAUCAUGGAGGGGCUCACUGGUGCUGGCAUCUGCUGCCAAUCUGCAAGCAGCUAAGGACUUUGUGCGGCGCUUCUCCUUGGCCGGGUCCACAAAUCUGAAUGGAGGUUUGCUCCGGGGAAUUGAGAUAUUGAACAAAGCUCAGAGAAGUAUCUCAGGACCCAGCAACUAUGCCCCAAUUCUUAUUAUGUUGACAGAUGGCGAACCCACAGAAGGGGUGACGGACCGUUCCCAAAUCCUCAAGAAUGUCCGCAAUGCCAUCGGGGGCAGGUUCCCGCUCUACAACUUGGGCUUUGGCCACGAUGUGGACUUCAGCUUCCUGGAGGUCAUGUCCAUGGAGAACAAUGGACGGGCUCAGAGAAUCUAUGAGGACCAUGACGCCACCCAGCAGCUGCAGGGUUUCUAUGACCAGGUAGCCAACCCCCUGCUGGUGGAUGUGGACUUGCAAUACCCCAAGGACUCCGUCUCAGCCCUGACCCAGCACAGACAUAAACAGUACUACGAAGGUUCGGAGAUCAUGGUGGCUGGACGCAUUGCUGACCACAAACUCAGCAGCUUCAAGGCUGAUGUGCAGGCCCAUGGGGAGGGCCAAGAAUUCAAGACAACCUGCCUGGUGAAUGAGGAAGAGAUGAAGAAACUGCUCCAAGAGCGGGGCCAUAUGCUGGAGAACCACGUCGAACGCCUCUGGGCCUACCUCACCAUCCAGGAGCUGCUGGCCAAGCUGAAGAAGAUAGAGGGGAAGGAGAAGACCGACCUGUUGGCCAAAGCCCUGAAGAUGUCACUGGACUAUCAAUUUGUGACCCCGCUAACCUCCAUGACCAUGGGGGGCAUGACAGACCAGGACAGCCUGGAACCCGUCAUUGACAAGCCACAGGAGGAGUCUCUGCCUUUGGAGAUGCUGGGACACAGAAGGACGUUCGUGCUGCCGGUUGAGCAGCCUUCUCCGACUUACGCCAGUGCCCUGCCGUUGCCAACCCAAGUAACCAGUGUGGACAGUGACCCCCACUUCAUCAUCCACGUGCCCCAGAAAGAGGACACCCUGUGCUUCAACAUCAAUGAAGAGCCUGGUGUGGUCCUGAGUCUGGUGCAGGACCCCAACACAGGCUUCUCAGUGAAUGGGCAGCUCAUUGGCAACAAGGCCAGGAGCCCUGGGCAGCAAGAGGGCACGUACUUCGGGCGGCUGGGGAUUGCGAACCCUGUAACGGGCUUUCAGCUGGAAGUGACUCCUCAGAACAUCACACUGAACCCUGGCUCAGGUGGGCCUGUGUUCUCCUGGAGGGACCAGGCUUCGCUGCGGCAGGAUGGGGUGGUGGUGACCAUCAACAGGAAGAGGAACCUGGUGGUGUCUGUGGAGGAUGGAGGCACCUUUGAGGUCGUCCUGCACCGAGUAUGGAAGGGGAGUGCCAUCCAACAUGACUUCCUGGGCUUCUACGUGCUGGAUAGUCACCGGAUGUCAGCACGGACACAUGGGCUGCUGGGACAGUUCUUUCACCCCUUUGAUUAUAAAGUGUCCGACCUCCACCCAGGCUCCAAUGCCACAAAGACAGAUGCCACAAUGGUGGUGAAGAACCAACAGUUUACAGUCACCAGGGGCUUGCAAAAAGACUACAGCAAGGACCCCCGGCAUGGGGCUGAGGUGACCUGCUGGUUCGUCCACAACAAUGGGGCCGGACUGAUCGAUGGUGUUCACACUGACUAUAUCGUUCCUGACAUCUUCUGA